AUGCUCUUUACUCCUUCGCGGAAUGAGCAAACCGAUUUGAUGGGAAAUUAUUCUUGUUUUGAAGAGCACUAUUUAGCUCGAUACGAAGAAAUCAGUGAGCAAAUGGAACAAUAUGCUGUUUGUAAUGAAGACCUAAAUGAAAUUGGACAUCAUUUAGAUGAAUGUGAUGAUGAUGCUUUUGAUACUAUAGCACCUGUCACACAAAAUGUUGAACGACAAGAUCAGGAUCAAGGAUGUGUUGAUACACAUCCUGAUAUAAACGAAACGUUUGAUCAUCUGGCAGACAAUUUGGGCAUACCGUCUUCUUUACCAAAUAAUGAGCCGUUGAUUUUAAAUGAAAUGCAAGAUAACGAAUAUCGAACCUUAGUUCAGCUCCUAAAUAAGAAGCAAAGAGAAUUCUUCUAUCUUGCUCUGCAUUUGAUAAAAACGUCAGAAAAGCCAUUUUACGCAUUUCUUAGUGGAAGUGGAGGUGUCGGAAAGUCUCACCUUAUUAAAUCGAUAUACCAGGCAGCAUUGAAGUAUUACAAUUCACGAGCAGGGGACGAUUUUCAUCGUAUUCAUAUAUUAUUGCUUGCUCCAACAGGAAAAGCUGCAUAUCUUAUAAAAGAUAACACGAUUCACAGUGCCUUGCGCAUUCCAGCCAGUCAAUCAUUGAAAAAUUAUAAACCAUUGGAUUCUGGAAGACUGAAUACGAUGAGAUGCGAACUAAGUUCAUUAAAGUUAAUAUUGCUUGAUGAGAUAUCAAUGGUUGGCAACAGCAUGUUCACCAUUCAAUUGAACAACCGUUUGAAAGAUUUAAAAGGUAGUAAAGAAGAUUUCGGUGGUGUCAGCAUAAUCACAAUAGGUGACUUAUUUCAACUCAAACCUGUAAUGGAUGGUUACAUAUUUACAGAUGUUCAGUCAUUAAGUUCUUAUGAUGUUUUUGCCCCGAACUUAUGGAGAAAAUAUUUUAGAAUGUUUGAGCUUGAUGAAAUCAUGCGACAGAGAGAAAGCAAGAUUUUUGCAGAGAUACUUAAUCGACUUCGUGAAGGUAAUCAUACUCCGAGUGAUCUACAAAAACUAAAGGAAAGAUGUAUUGAAGAGAGUGCUUGUCCCAGAGAAGCCCCACGUUUAUUCAUUCAAAAUGCUUUAGUUGAUGAAUACAAUGAUAUAGUUUAUCAAUCAUUUGAUUGUCAUGAUAAAUACAUAAUCAGGGCACAAGAUAGCGUAAUUGGAGCCUGUUCAGCUGAACUGAAAGAAAAGAUAAUGAGACAAAUACCACAUGUUCCUUUAAAAAAUUCAAAACAGUUGGCUUAUAAACUGCAUUUUGCUGUCGGACAACGAACAGAAAUUGCGGUGAAUAUACACACUGAUGAUGGUCUGACAAACAGUGCAAGUAAUGUCAUUAAGCAUGUUCAAUUGACUGAUAAUAGUAAACCUUCUGGCAUCGUUUGGGUUCAGUUUGACGACAAAGAUGUUAGAAAGAAAACCCGACAAGAAAAUAGAAUUCUCUAUGCUUAA